AUGGGCAACAUCUGCGGCAAGGCAGAGUCGAAUCCCUCCCCGCCGGGCCGCAUCCUCGGCUCCGCCCCCGCCCCGAGGACCACGUCCUCGGUACCUAAGAAGGUCGGCGGCCCGCCCCGGACACUCGGCGGCGGCGGCGCUGGCGGAAAUGUUGUACCCGGGGCCGCCGGCGGCGACUCGUCAGGCGAUCCGGGGGACGCGCGCAGGAGAGCCGCCGAGGCAGCAGAGGCACGCGCCAAGGCCGCCAACAAGGGAGGCAAGCUCAAGGCCCAGCUGACGUCGCAGCAAAAGAAGUCGAGGACCGAGACGCUCAAGGGCGCCAGCGAGGCCGAGCGGAGGGCCAGGGACGCCGACGAGGGCCUCGAGGCCAGGCAGUGGAAUUAA